AUGGGUGACAUUAAAGAUCAGCCAUGUUUUUUAAAAGAUUUAAAACCAAAUAUGAAACGUGUCUCUUCUGUUUUCAUAGUUCUUGAAUUGGGUCCAGUUACACGUACAAAAGACGGGAAUGAAGUUCGUACAGUUAAGGUGGCUGAUCGUACAGGAACAAUUAAUUUAUCUGUUUGGAAUGAGAAUAGUUCUCUGAUUGCACCAUGUGAUGUUUUACAACUUGUACAGGGCAAUACAACAGUUAGAGGUGGUUGUUUAACCCUGAAUGUCGGCCGUUUUGGUCAACUAAUAAAAAUUGGAGAAUUUUGUUUUCCUUUUGUUGAAUCCCCUGAUUUCAGUGCUUAUAAUGAUGAAUGGUUGACGAAAACGAGUGAUUCAAAUUCAACAACGAAACCGGAAAUUGUCAAUAAAUAA